CGCGCCUGGAUUUUUUGAAUUUGGACACCGGUCCCAAAUGUCGUCUUCCAAAAUGCGUCUUAUUCGCACUUCAUUUAUAGCCCUAACAGAAAAAUCACCUCAAAUGCAUCACCGGAGAUUUGAAAUUCAAUAACAAUCUCCUCUCAGGCAACUCAACUCCCUGGGCGGAAAUCUGUCCACAAAUGUCGUCUUCCAACUCAUCUUCUCGUUACACUUCAUUCAAUAAUCGAUCUUCCGCUCAAUCGGAUCCAUCCUCCUCCACCGAGCUCAAUCAAACAAAAAACCGCCGGCAGAUCCCGGAUGUCUCCUAUGCUCUCGCCAAGUCAAAAUCCACUAAAAACGAGCAGAAUUUUAGUGCUAUGGUUAAGAAGUUUAUGGAGAGGAAGUCUUCUUCGACUUCGUCUUCAUCCAAGCUGAAAGGUAGGGAGUUUGUGGUGGCUGCUGAUGUCACGAGCAUCAUCGCCGAUGAUUUGAAGAAGAACAUGAUGAUGACUGCGAGAAGAGGAGGGACAUCGGGUUUUGGGGGAUUGCAUAAGAAGCUGUUUGGUAGCAAGGUGAAAGGAGAAGAGAGUGGGAAGAAAAAGAACGCAUUGACGGAAGUGAAGGUGAAUACCAGGAGUUUAGCGAUGGUGUUGAGGAGUGAGAGGGAGCUUCUGAGUCGGAGUAAGGAUCAGGAAUCAGAGAUAAUGGAGCUUAAGUUGAUGCUGGAGGAGAAAAACAGAGAGGUAGAUAAGUUGAAGGAUUUAUGUCUAGAGCAAAGGGAAGAGAUAAAAGCACUGAAGAGCGUGAUUUUAUUUCCAGAUGUUACAAAUUCACAAUCACAGCAGGAGGAUGAUUCUGAACUAAAAGAGGCAAAAGAAAUAAUUCCUACCCUUCAAAAGCAGGUCACUUCUCUCACAGGACAACUUCAGUCCCUUGCUCAUGAUCUAGCUGAGGUGAAAGCAGACAAAUAUUCAGCCACAAGAUUCAGUGAUAGUCUUAUGAGUUCUCCAAAGACACCAACAUAUGAGCAAGAAGAAGCCUUUAACUCUUUGGAAUUCAGCUCGGGGGAUCAUACGACCCAUGGUAGUGCGGAUGACAUGUUCCUAGAGGAUUUAAACCCAUGUUUAACACCUUAUAUCAAAUCCAAUUCUAAAGCAGUUGAUUAUAUAUCUUAUAGUGAUGACUCAUCACACAAGAAAAAAGGUUGGGUGGAUCGCCAACAUGGCAACUCUGACAACUCAGCGGGAAUUUUGGGUCGAGCAACUCGUAGAUCAGAUGAAAGCAAAUGCACUUAUCGUGAAAAUGUGUGGAACUAAAGUUAUGAUAAUUUUUUAGCACAUUGUGUUGUAUCUUUUUAUGUUUAUGCAAUAAAACUUGUUAUUAAGAGUAUUUUUUUAUUAAAAAAAGAAGUUAAAAUCA